CAAGAAGGGAAAAAAACAAAAAACAAAUUAACUAACCUUUUAAAAAAUGGAGAACAAGAGAGAGCUUGUGUUCAUACCAACCCCAGCAAUGGGCCACAUUGUAUCCAUGCUAGACUUUGCCAAACGCCUACAUGAUCAACACCGACACUUUUCUAUCACAAUCCUCCUCAUCAAACCAUUAUUCGAUCCCUCUUACAAUCUCUAUGUUGAAUCACUAGCCGCCUCCGACACCCAAUUCCGCUACAUCCACCUCCCUCCACCGCCACCGCCUUCCGAACACCAAGUCCUGACGUCUCUGGAUAAAUUUUUCUAUGAUUUUCUGGAAAGCUAUAAAUCACAGGUGAGAGACGCAAUCGUCCAUCAUGUGUUGUCUUCUUCUCCGUCGACGGCGAGGCUGGCGGGGUUGGUGGUGGACUGCAUAUGCACCACCAUGAUCGACGUCGCCGACGAAUUCGCCGCCCCUACUUACAUCUUCUUCACAUCCAGCGCCGCCUUUCUUGGACUCAUGCUCCACCUCCCAAUCCGCCAUGCCUUAAUCGGAACCGAGUUCACUAUCUCCGAUCCAGACUCGCUAACUCACUUCCCGAGUUACGCUAACCCGGUCCCUACCUCAGUCAUACCCUCGGCUAUAUUCAACAAACAAGGAGGGUACUCCACCUCCCUGAACCACGCCAGGAGGUUCAGAAACACCAAGGGCAUAAUCGUAAAUACAUUCGAAGAGUUCGAAUCCUGUGCGAUGAAGUCCCUGUUAGUCUCGCCGGAAUCGCCGCCGGUUUACGCCGUCGGACCGCUGCUUGACCUCAGUGGCGAUGCCCGAUCGGGGAGCGAUCGAGACAAGAUUCUGAAAUGGCUCGACGAACAGCCUCCGUCGUCGGUGGUGUUCCUCUGCUUCGGAAGCCUAGGGUGCUUCGAUCCGCCGCAACUGGAAGAGAUCGCGGCGGCGUUAGAGAAGAGCGGCCACCGGUUCUUGUGGUCCAUACGGCGGUCGCCACCAAAAGGCGAGUUUGGUUUGCCAACCGAUUGUGGCGGCGAUUACGACGGCUUGCUGCCGGAGGGGUUUCUGAAACGCACGAAAAACAGGGGAAUGGUGUGCGGGUGGGCGCCGCAGACGGCGGUGCUGGGGCACGCGGCGGUGGGAGGGUUUGUGUCGCACUGCGGGUGGAACUCGAUCUUGGAGAGCUUGUGGUUUGGUGUGCCGAUGGUGACAUGGCCGAUGUACGCAGAGCAACAAAUCAAUGCGUUUGAGAUGGUGGUGGAGUUGGAUCUGGCAGUGGAGCUGAGAUUGGAUUACAAGUGUGAAUUUGGUGGGAUCGGCGACAAAGUAGAAUUGGUGGCGGCGGAGGAGAUAGAGAGAGCAGUGAGGCGUGUGAUGGAUGGUGAGAAUUUGGUGAGGGAGAGAGUGAGAGAGAUGAGAGACAAGAGCAGAAAGGCUGUCAUGGAAGGUGGGUCUUCGUUUGAUUCGUUAAGGCGGUUGGUUGAGGACAUGUUGGGAAACCACUGAUCAUUAUGGAAAAAAGUUAUUGUUACGAAUUUUUGGAGGAAAAAAUUAAUUUCUCCCUUAAAUUCACUUUUUAUUACUCUAUUUGAAUCAUCAAUUAGAAUAAUUAUCCUUGAUAUGAUAUUCGGAUCUCUUGAUAUGAUAUUUGGAUAAGAUCCGUUUGCUGAUAUAAUAUCAUUUUUAAUGAAAUACAUAACACUUGUUUGUUGAUAU